AUCGCUGACAAUAUCAACACUACCUGGUACCUCUACCAUGAGUCUGAUUGACGUACUUGUCGUGCUGGUGGUUGCUUGUGGAUGCCAGGGGCAGGAAGCCUUCCAACCCUACGAGCGUGGAAGCCUCAGCACCGCUAGGGUUCAGAUAGGCUCUCUUCUCACCAUAGGCCUUGAUGAGAACCUGGAUGUAUGGUUGCCUACGGACGCAGGCACCUAUCGGGUCUUCUACUUUCUGGAUAGUUUCGGUGGCUCUAUCCCAGGAGAGGCCUAUGCACAGACUAUGGAGCACAUAGCGUCACAUGGGAUAGCGGUAGUGGUUCUGUGGAAGAUAGCAGCGCCUAUAGACCCCGAGGAUAAGGUACCUCUGAUGAUAUCUGUCUUGGAGUGGGCAGAUGCGCAUCUGGAGCAGAGGCUGCAUAACAGCGGCAUCAAUGACACCGUACAUCUUGACUUAGAGAAUCUUGUAGUUGGCGGACACUCUGCAGGAUCCCAUGUCUUGGUGUCGUACCUGAAAAACACCUGUGGCAAGGUCAAAGGACAGGUGUUCAUGAGUCCAGUAGACGGACUCUUCACCUACUGCAUCACACCUGGCCACACCCUCAACUACCUGACUCCCACACUACACCUGGCUGCUGGUCUGGACGAUGUUUCAGGUGUGGGUGACUUUCCGUGUGCCCCGGAUGCCAUCAGUAACGAUCGCUUUUACGACGCUCUGGACCCGUCAACGCAAAGAUGGUCCAUCAAUGCUACUGAGUUCGGCCACGGGGACUUCCUCGACCCGUCAUACCUGGAGGUCCUUGAGGUACUGGACUUAUGCGGCUAUAACGAAGACGCUACUCCUGACGAGUUCGAUGCUUACAGGCGCUACGUCGCUGGCCAGACAGUAACCUUCGUUAAAGCUCUCUUCUCAGACACCUGUGAUGACCUGAUGCCUUACCUGGAGGACCCGUCACAAAUGCUGGUCAAUACUGUAGAGAAACACACCAAUCCACUUGGUGGAUGUCCAGUUGCUGGAUGUUCAUGGUCUCCACCAUCCACCACCAUACCGUCCACUUCAUCCACCACGCCAUAGGCCUAUGAUGCUAUAGGUCUCUUCUGUGAUGUUAUAAGUUUUUUCUAUGAUGCUAUAAGUCUUAUUCAUGAUGCUAUAGGCCUCUUCUAUGUUAUAGGCCUCUUCUAUGCAAUAGGCCUCUUCUAUGUAAUAGGCCUCUUCUAUGUUAUAGGCCUCUUCAAUGAUGCUAUAAGUCUUUUCUGUUAUGCUAUAGGCCUCUUAUAUGAUGCUAUAGGCCUCUUCUAUGUUAUAGGCAUCUUCUAUGAUGCUAUAGGCCUGAAUCAUCAAUUUGCUAUGUUGAAACCAGCUUAUUCAAUUCUGUCACUGUUCUUCCAUUCUUCAACUCCCCUAAGUCAGAAUUAUUCUCUAUAAUAACAAUGACUUAAAAAAAUAGGAAAUGAAAUAUUGGAUAUCAGAUUGGAGGGAGAGAGUAUGGAGGAGGUGAAUGUAUUCAGAUAUUUAGGAGUGGAAGUGGUAGCAGAUGUGUCUGUGAAAGAUGAGGUGAAUCAUGGAAUUGAUGAGGGGAAAAAGGUGAGUGGUGCUCUGAGGAGUCUGAGGGGACAAAGAACUUCGUCCAUGGAAGCAAAGAUGGGAAUGUAUGAGAGUAUAGUUGUAUCAGCGCUCUUAUAUGGGUGUGAAGCGUGGGUGGUGAAUGUUGUAACAAGAAGAAAGGCUGGAGGCAGUGAACGAGGCUGGAGGCAGUGGAGGAGGCUGGAGGCAGUGGAGGAGGAGGCUGGAGGCAGUGGUGGAGGCUGGAGACAGUGGAGAUGUCUUGUCUGAGGGCAAUGUGUGAGUGUGAAUAUAAUGCAGAGAAUUCGUAGUUUGGAAAUUAGGAGCUGAGGAGGGGCUGUUGAGGUGGUGCUGAGGAGGGGCUGUUGAGGUGGUGCUGAGGAGGGGCUGUUGAGGUGGUGCUGAGGAGGGCUGUUGAGGUGGUGCUGAGGAGGGCUGUUGAGGUGGUGCUUAGGAGGAGCUGUUGAGGUGGUGCUGAGGAGGGGUUGUUGAGGUGGUGCUGGGGAGGGGUUGAGGAGGGGUUGAGGAGGGUUGUUGAGCUGGUGCUGAGCAGAAGUUGUUGAGGUGGUUCGGACAUGUGGAGAGAAUAGAACAAAAUAGAAUGACUUCGAGUGUAUAAAUCUGUAGUGGAAGGAAGGCGGGGUAGGGGUAUGCCUAGGAAAGGUUGGAGGGAGGGGGUAAAGGAGGUUUUGUGUGUGAGGGGCUUGGACUUCCAGCAGGCAUGCGGUAGCGUAUUUGAUAGGAGUGUUGGAGACAAAUGGUUUUUAAUACUUGACGUGCUGUUGGAGAGUGAGCAAAGUAACAUUUAUGAAGGUAUUCUGGGAAACCGGCAGACCGGACUCGAGUCCUGGAGAUGGGAAGUACAGUGUCUGCACUCUUUAUUUAUUUAUUAAUUUGAACAUGAUACAGUGAAGUACAAAGGAAUACAGUCAUUACAGUGCAGCAUGCCAAAGCCCCUUGUAUGCAGAACAUUAUGGGCAGCUUAAAAUUAACUUAAGAUUAACUAAGCAAUGAUAUAUUCAGUGGUAAAAACAUUAUUGUAAACAGAUAACAAUUUAGUACAAAUGAGUAUUACAAAGACAGGUCAUGUGGUCAUUACUGUGUUGCUGUGUAAUCUGUAGAAUGGAGUAUUCUGUUAGGUAAUUAAAAAAUAAAGUUUGAUUGGGUCACAGGUUAGACAUUUAUGAUAUACAAUAAUGAGAUACAAUUUAUGAGAUACAAUUUAUGAGAUACAAUUAUUCAGUAUUUAUUUAGUUGUGGAUGAGUAAGUGAUUUUUGAGAAGAGACUUGAAUUUAUAAACAGACAGUGUUUCUUUUAUAUUCACAGGUAAUGAAUUCCAGAUUUUAGGGCCUUUUAUGUGUAUUGAGUUUUUGCAUAGUGUGAGAUGGAUAUGAGGAACAUCAUGUGUUCUGUUGAGGUUGGUAAGGAGAUGUUUGAGGGGAGGGUUUAUGUCAGAGUUAAGUGUUCUAUGUAUGUAGUAGGUGCAGUAAUAUGUAUGGAUGUUUUGUAUUGUGAGUGGGUUGAGUGUUUUGAAUAUUGGUGGAGUGUGCUGCCUGUACUGGGAAUUUGUUAUCAUUCUGACUGCCGCCUUUUGUUGGGUAAUUAAUGGUCUGAAAUAUUAUUAUAUUAUAUUAUAAUAAUAAGGUAAAAGGACCCCAAUGGAAAUAAGUCACUCUGUCUGACUUUUUUGGGUUAUCCCAGGUUCUCUACACAUAUGCUGUUAUGUAUGAUAAUUCUAUGUAACUGUAUUUGUGUAUACCUGAAUAAACUUACUUACUUACUUACUUACUUAUUGUUGUUGAGCCCCAUGCACAAAUUCCAUAGGUGAGAUAGGGGUAAAUAAGUGAGUGAUAUAGGGCCAGGAGGGCUGACUCUGGAACAUAGUACCGUAUCUUCGAUAGUAUGCCUACGGCCUUGGAAAUUUUUUUGGAAAUUUGUUGUAUAUGUGUUUGAAAUUUGAGUCUAUUAUCAAGGUGGAUUCCUAAGAAUUUUCCCUCUGUGAGUUUUGUGAUAGGUGAUCCAUUUAUCAUUAUGUUAAGAGACACAUCUGUAGCUCUGUUAUCAAACUGAAUGUAGUAGGUUUUGUCAAUGUUUAGAGUAAGUUUGUUGGUCCUCAUACAGGCUGAUAUUUUCUGUAAUUCGGUAUUUACAGUAUUGGCUAGCAUGACUGGGCUCAGGUGAGAGUAGACGUAUGUAGUGUCAUCUGCAAAUAGUGUGAGUUUGAGUAGUUGCAUGCGAUGCGAUGCAACUUUGAUUCAUGGUUUGUUAUUGUUGUACGGAGAGACGUAUUUUCAGCACGAAGAUACAAGUUAUCCGCCGUUAGGGUGGUGAUGUAGUGCUUUAGAGUGUCAGAAUCAUUAGUCAUACCUGGGAGCAUAUCAGCUGGGUUAAAUCCUAUGAAGGUAGUAGAGGUAGAGAGGGAGUCAGUCACAGUUGGUGUUGUUGAGGAGUCGCCUGGGUUGCUGGGUGAGUCAGCCAUGUUAGUUGUUGCUGAUGCGUCGCUCUGGGUUGUAAGGGAGGUGGAUGAUGCACCGGCGUCCUGCUGGGUCCUCUUAUGGAAUAGUCGAUUUCUGGGCGCUACCUUGCUGUUCUUAGUGCUGUUUCAACCGGCGUCCUGCUGGGUCCUCUUAUGGAAUAGUCGAUUUCUGGGCGCUACCUUGCUGUUCUUAGUGCUGUUUCAACCGGCGUCCUGCUGGGUCCUCUUAUGGAAUAGUCGAUUUCUAGGUGCUGCCUUGCUGUUCUUAGUGCUGUUUCUUCUAGUAGUUGGUAUCAUAGCAGUACAGGAGUUGCUGUGGUUAGAUGAAGAAACUAAGAUAGUGAAGAGCUUGGAGUAGGUAGUCGUCUGGCAGCGGGGUUGUGCUUGGAGUUUGAGGGGCAGUCUUCACUUCACUCGGUAAUUUUUUCGGUUUGUAGGUAUCACUGUUGAUUAUCUUGGGUCAUGCUGGGUUCUACGUACGUUAGUGCAGUUAUGAUUGCAAUUAGGCCAUCACUGAAGCGUUGGUGGGCUCUGCAGGUGAGAAAAUAACAGAUCUCUGCCGCUGCCUCUGCUGCUGCCUGCGUUUGAGGCAGGGCAGUGAUGGAGUGAAUGAUGGUGAAAGUUUUUCUUUUUCGGGCCACCGUACCUUAGUGGGAAACGGCCGAUGUGUUAAAAAAUAAAAAAAUCAUGUAUCUUUAUUUCUACAUGUACUUGUAUACCUUGUACAUGUACUUGUAUACCUUGUACAUGUACUUGUAUACCCUGUACAUGUACUUGUAUACCUUGUACAUGUACUUGUAUGCCUUGUACAUGUACUUGUAUACCUUGUACAUGUACUUGUAUACCUUGUACAUGUACUUGUAUACCUUGUACAUGUACUUGUAUGCCUUGUACAUGUACUUGUAUACCUUGUACAUGUACUUGUAUACCUGUACAUGUACUUGUAUACCUUGUACAUGUACUUGUAUACCUUGUACAUGUACUUGUAUACCUUGUACAUGUACUUGUACACCUUGUACAUGUACUUGUAUACCUUGUACAUGUACUUGUAUACCUUGUACAUGUACUUGUAUACCUUGUACAUGUACUUGUAUACCUUGUACAUGUACUUGUAAUACCUUGUACAUGUACUUGUACACCUUGUACAUGUACUUGUAUACCCUGUACAUGUACUUGUAUACCUUGUACAUGUACUUGUAUACCUUGUACAUGUACUUGUAUACCUUGUACAUGUACUUGUAUACCUUGUACAUGUACUUGUAGUAAAUAAAGGUAUUAUUAACCUAACAACAGAAACUGAGGAAGAGGAUUUUGUGUAUAUCUAACAUGUAAUUUGAUCCCAUCUUUAAUAUCAAUAAAUAUAACUGAAUUUUC